CAGGAUUCUAUCAUCCCCUAGCAUCCUCCUGAUAGCUGCAGCAAGAGGUGAUGUACGUCAAGGUUUUCCCGAUCCUGUGCAGUGGAGCUUUCAGACGGACGAACGCCAGUAGGUUCAGAGUAGCAACCGAAGCUGCUUGGAAUCACCGUCCCAACGACCCCGUGCUCUACAGCAGCAACGCACCUGACAAACUCUGCCACUGCUUGACUGCCUGCGGUGAAACUACAGAGUGGUAGGGAAAGAGCCAGCCGACCAUGUGGAAGUCACUGGCCUCCUACUUCACCGAGAUCUCAGCAAAACGAUUUCCCACACAUGCAGUGGUGAAUCACUGCUCCACCUCUCACAGUGGGCACCUCCUAAUAACCGGUUCCAAUGAUGGUAACGUUUGUGUCUGGGACAUUGGAAGUGGAAAAUGUCAAGUUAAAGCAAAAGGGCACAAAGGCCCAGUGAAGGUUUGUGUUUUCUCUGCUGACUCCACCCUCUUCGCCAGUGGGUCGGCCGAUUGUACGGUCAGGGUGUGGGACACAGUAAAGGCUCAUUGUCUGCACGUUCUCCAAGUGCACACUAAGAGCGUGGAGACCAUCUGCUUCAGCAAGGAUUCGAAGCUUCUCGCCUCUGGAAGUUACGACAAUAAAGCUGUUCUGUGGGAUCUGCAGUUGGGCCAAGUUGUGAAGAUCUUCUCAAAACAUCGGAACGUCAUCAAAGCCUGUGACUUUUCAAAGAACGGAGAAUACUUGGCCACCGGAUCCUGGGAUUCUACCGUCAUCGUGUGGAACAUACAAAGUCUGAAACGCAAAAGGACUCUGAAAGGUCAUACGAGAAACGUGAGCUGUGUGGCGUUUUCUGGCAUCGGGAUGCUGGCUUCAGGUUCCUGGGAUAAGACCGUCCGUGUGUGGGAUCCAAAGCGAGGGAGCCUGAUCUUUGUCCUGGAUAAGCACACUGGGCCAGUGACGGCCCUCUCAUUCUCCCUGGAUGCAAUUCUGCUUGUGACAGCAGCCCAGGACAGAAAGAUUCUUAUUUGGGACUGUGAAAAUGGAUCCUGUGCGAGAAUCCUUGAGGGGAAGCUGGACGUUGUCACCAGUUGCCAGUUUUCUCUUUUUGAGACGCUUCUAAUCGCAGGGACCUCUGACGAUAGUCUGCUAGCGACGAUGCCUACCAUCAGAUAAAAAGUUAGUUAGAAGCCCCCCCACCUCAGCUCUCAGACCGAAACCUGAUUCAGUUACAGGAGUAUUUCAACUGUUGGGCUUAAGUUGCAAGGUAACUGUGCUGGCAUCUAAAUUAAAUUGACACGAAUGUUUGUAAAAUUCAGACGCAAGGACAAUGAUUAAAAGACAUUUGGAGAGUAUUGAUUGCCUGCCUGGAUUAGAGAGUAUAAACUAUCAGGAGAGGCUGGAUGAAUUGGGUUGUUUUCUCUGGAGCGUAGUGCAGGAGGCUGAGGGGAGACUCAAUAUAAGCAGUAAGCUGACUCCAUGUUCUUGCCCACUGGUUCCUCUCUCCCUUCACCACCUGUAGCUCAUAACUACAUCUGUGCUAGGGGGAAUUACUAGAGAAUCGAGAGAUGCUGGAACCUGGAGCAAUAUGCAAACUACUGGAAAAACGUAGCAGGUCAGGCAGCAUCCAUGGAAGGACAUGGACAUUUAGGACCUCAACCCAGAAAGUUGAUUUCCAUUGUCCAUUGGGUUGCACGUUAUCAUAUUGGUCAGCACAACGCUUUACAGUACCAGCGACAUGGGUUCAACUCCCCCUGCUGUCUGUAAGCAGUUUGCACCUUCUCCCCGUGACCUUGUGGGUUUCCUCCAGGUGCUCCAGUUUCCUCCCACAGUCCAAAGACGUACCAGUUGGUGGGUUAAUUGCUCUUUGUAAAUUGUCCCGUGAUUAGGCUAGGGUUAAA